GGCAAUGUGAAUCAGUCUGGCUGACAGCUGCCGGUUGGCACCCGCUCGGAAGCGAGCUAGCCGCAUCUCUCUGCCAUUGCCAUUAUACCACUGCGCGGCAAACGGCGCAAGGCGUGCGCGGGCCCGACAGUCGAUCGAAAACAUUCGGUUUUCGAACGCAACGUCAAAAAAUACUGGCCAAAAUUAGAGCGCGAACGUAAACGCUGAAUUAAAAGUAAAUAGAGCAUCGUGAUUGUCGAUUUUCAGCGUAGUUGUUUUGUGUUACAAUUUCACUGGGACGUUGUUUGUGUGCACUAAUGAAACAUUUCUUUUCGUGUUUGUGAACUAAUUUUAGCCGGCUUUACAAAAGAUAAAUCAAGAUGGAUUUGGAAUUUCGGAACCUUAGAUAUACUGUCUCCAGUCCUAUCACCAAAGGCAAACGCAGAGAUGUCGUGAAAGGUGUCGAUGGCAGAUUUUCUUCUGGACAGCUCGUGGCCAUCAUGGGACCAUCAGGCGCUGGAAAAAGUUCAUUACUGAACGCUAUUUCGGGAUAUAGGUCAGCAGGCGUCACUGGCGAGCUGCUGGUGAAUGGCCAACCACGGAACGAGCACCUGUUUCAAAGAUCUUCAUGCUACAUCACACAGGAGGAUCUCUUGCAACCGUUGCUCACGGUGCGAGAAGCCAUGGAUGUGGCAGCGAGGCUGAAAAUACCAAAAGGAGGGAAAGUCCAUUCGGAGGAAAUAUUGCAAGAGUUGGGACUGCUGGAGCAUCAACAUACGAAGACUGAUAAGUUGUCCGGGGGGCAGAAGAAAAGGUUAUCAAUAGCACUAGAGCUGGUGAACAACCCACCAGUGUUCUUCCUGGACGAGCCUACCAGUGGUCUUGACACAGUCACGACGGUGCAGUGCGUCAGGCUGCUGAAGCAACUGGCCCGGCAAGGAAGGACGGUGGUUUGCACCAUACACCAGCCGCCGGCUUCGCUCUUGGAGAUGUUUGAUCAGGUCUACGUCAUAGCUGACGGACGAUGCAUCUACCAGGGCGACACUGCGGCCAUGGUCCCGUACUUACAGAGCGUCGGCCUCCCGUGUCCAAGGCACCAUAACCCGGCUGAUUUCAUCAUAGAACUUACCGAGAACCCAGUGAACAUAGACACGCUCAGCGAAGAAAUCAUGAACGGAAAAAUAUACAAGUCAGCCAAAGUUGAGAGCACAGCCGCCGAGCCCAUCAACAAUUUGGAGCUGAAGAUAUGCUACCAAAUGGAAGACGACGCCCCAGAGACUGAAAUAAUGCUGUCAAAUGAGAAAUGUACUUACAAAGUGCCGACUUAUAAGGAGACGGACUCGCUAAGUUCCGCGUCCAGUCAGAUUUCCCAAGUGAACUCGUCUAUGGCAUGGAUGAAGGUUCAGACCAGUGAUUCGUGCGCGUACGCAACGACUUACUGCGAACAGUUCUCGAUACUGCUGUGCAGGAUGCUGAAGCAGAUCUUCAGGAAUCGGCAAGGUCUCUGGAUCCAGUUAAUCCACCACAUUAUGUGCGGUGUGCUGAUCGGCAUUUGUUUCUUCAACAUGGCGAACGACGGGACGCAAAUGUUCAACCACCUAAAGCUGUGUGUGGGGCUCGUCAUCUUCUUCGCCUACACACAGAUCAUGGUCCCAGUGCUUGUUUAUCCGCAAGAAGUGAAGCUGGUCAAGAAAGAACACUUCAACCGCUGGUACAGCCUGACUCCAUACUACGCGGCGCUGACUGUCUCCAAGCUGCCAGUACAAGUGACACUGAAUUGUCUCUUCUGUACCAUUGUGUACUUCAUGACUGGAGUGCCCUUCAGUCUGCCGAGGUUCAUAGCGUUCUGCUUGAUUGGCAACGUGGUUUCCUUGGUGGCUGAAGGCAUGGGGUUGGCGAUUGGAUCAGUCUUCAAUGUUAGGAACGGUUGCGCCAUCGGCCCAGCGUCCAUCGCUCCGUUCCUCGGCCUAGCCAUCUAUGGUUUCGACUUCGCUCACCGGAUCCCUCUCCUCAUGAACAUCGUCAUGAAGACCUCCUUCAUCCGAUGCGGUGUCGUCGCCAUGGUACUGACCAUCUUCGGCUUCGGAAGAACCCCUCUAGACUGCAAAGACGUCUACUGCCACUUCGCAAAACCUGACGUCCUACUCAAAUAUCUAGACAUAGAAAGAACCUCCGUCUGGUUAGAAAUCACAAUCAUGAUCAGCAUCAUGUUGGUGUUUAGAUCACUAUGCUUUAUUGGUCUCAAAUGGCGAUUCGCCACGUGAUCUGAUUAUUAUUAGCUAAUGUGAUUUUAGUUCUUUUUUAGGUGCUCGCUAGUACAAAAUGUAAUAGCAUGUGAUAAGUUUUAGUAAUAUUAUUAUGAUUCUUACUAGAAUCGAAUGUAAGCUUUAUUAUAGCCUUGAUAUAGAUCUGGUUUUAUAGUGCAAAUUAGAUAUUGUUUAACAUCAGCCAAAGAGAAUUUUCGCGGCUCGCUCCGAGAAAAUGUGGUGACUGAUAUUUUGUAUACUUUAUCAAGUGAUAUUAUAAUUUUAGCGAUAUUAUUGUUAUGGAUAAUAUGCUAGGGGAGAAUAACUUGCCUUAAUUUAACGGAUA